UGACAUGAGCCAAAGGCAGACAUUCAACCACUGAGCCACCAAGGUACUCCUUUUAUAAAAUGAUUCUUAAAAACCUGUCUUAUGGAUGUCUUACAAACCAAACUUGGCCGCGCACAUGCCCGCCGCCUCCCUCAGCGCCACUGGGAAUGUCCACCCACCCUCCACCAGUAUGGCCACAUCCUCCCAGUACCGCCAGCUGCUGAGUGACUACGGGCCACCAUCUCUAGGUUAUACCCAGGGAACUGGGAACAGCCAGGUACCCCAAAGCAAAUAUGCUGAGCUGCUGGCCAUCAUUGAAGAGUUGGGGAAAGAGAUUAGACCCACCUAUGCAGGGAGCAAGAGUGCCAUGGAGAGACUAAAACGAGGCAUCAUUCACGCCAGAGGACUGGUUCGAGAGUGCUUGGUGAGAUGGAACGGAAUGCCAGGUCCUAGCUGCCUAUCAGCGUGGAAGGUUUUUCCGUCUUCUUCCAAGACCAGAAGUUACAGCUCAUCUCCCAUGUUCAGAUGAAACGUUUUCAAAACGGUAACAGUUUGGUUUCUCCUUCCCGUGUCCCUCCCAUGGUUCAUGAGGCUCUGAGAUUGAGAAAUACUUUGCAGAUGACUAGGAUUUACAUUUUAAAUAGGAAUUACCCAGGGUUUUUUGUUUUUAUUUUUAUUUUUUAAGCAUUUAUAUUUUUUUUGUUUUCUUUUUUUUUAAGCAUUGAUUUAAAAGAUGCACGUAAAAGAUCCCUAUCUCACAGCAGAUAUCCCAGCUCCUUUCAUCCUCUUUUUUGGAGUACACUUAAGUUACUCAGAUUGUUUUACAUUAUCUUUCAUAAGCUAAUACAACUCUGAGGGUUUUGUUUUGAGUGCAUACGUUUGCCACAUGGUGUGGAUUCUGCUUAAUGUAACUUCUUUUGAGCUUAAUUAAGCAUUUGCUUUCAUGACUAUUAGUGCCUUGAGGUCAAUUUAAAAAAUGCACAAGUUAUAAAUACAGAAGAAAGAGCAACCUACCAAACCUAACCUAACAAGAACUCCCCCUCCCCCACCAAAAUUUUCCUACUAAGACUGUGGAUUUCAGUUCUGCUUUUCCUGUAAGUUGAUCCAAACAUCUGGAAGAAAAUGACUAAAACUGUUUGCAUCUUUGUAUGUAUUUAUUACUUGAUGUAAUAAAGCUUAUUUUCCUUAAAAAAAAAAACUGUCUUAUCUAUCUACCUAAGAGAAUGCACACUCACAAACGCAAGCAGGGUGAGGAGGGACAAGGGGAGAGAGAAUCCUUAAGCAGACUCCCUGCUGAGUGGGAAGUCUGACACAGAGCUGAAUCCCAGGACCCUGAGGUCAAAACCUGAGCCAAAACUGAGAGUCAGUUGCUCAACGACUGAGGCACUCAGGUAUUUCUAUCUUAUUGGACCUUUUAAUGGUG